GGAGCAGUCCUGGGGCUGAGGCUGGGGGAGGCCGCUCCCGAACCCCCCGGAUGGAUCCUGUGCUCUGACCCGGGACCCGGAGCUCUCGCUAUGGGAACCUCUGCUUCAUCUAUCGCCACGGAGACAGAUGCCGGCCUCCCCGCCACCACCGCCGCUUCCCCGCCAGGCUGGAAUGGCCCCGGGAGUCCGCUCUGGGUGAGCGGGACACUGGCCGCCGCUAGGGUGGAGAGCGCCCGAAGUCGCCAGCAGCAAGUCCCGCGGAGUCGCAGCAGGUAUGCAGAGACAGGGACGUUCCAUUACAGUUCUAAAGAACGACUUCUUGUCCCUGUAGGUACGACUGGUGUCUUUCACACAGGAAGUACCUCCCAGUUGCCUAGUGCCAUGGCAACAAGAAAUGAGUGGCCAUGUACCCGGUGCACUUUCUUGAAUCCCGAUGUGCUGAGGCAGUGUUCCAUAUGCGAGGCCCCCCGAGAAAGGCCAGACUUCAAUGACAUCCUUCGGCUUAGCACAGAGGAGCAGCAGUGGGCCUGCACACGAUGCACUUUCAGAAACUCAAUCAACAAGAGCCAGUGUGGUGUGUGUGGGUCUUCCCAAACCCUUACUCCUGUCAUACCGCCUGUACCCACAACAAAUGGACAGUCCAAAAAUCAGCCUCCUUUGGAUGAACAGCGAGGUUCUGCUGGACAGGACAGUGGGAGAUCAGCAAAUGGUGACGUCAACGGCAACUGUUGCAAGAAUGGUACACCAGUUAACUCCAAAGCUUGGGCCUGCCAAAGGUGCACUCUUCAUAACACGCCAUCUGCUAACUCGUGUUCAGCCUGUGGGGGGCCUCGCAAACUUUCCUUGCCCAAGAUCCCACCUGAAGCUCUGGUUGUGCCUGAGGUUUUGACUCCUGCUGGUUUCCAGCUGCCCUCAGGACCAUCAUCAGCAACAUCCCAGCUCAGCAAUUCAACUGACCCAAUAGAGGCUGAUGUGUCACCAAUUCAGGAUGCAGCCACAGAGACUGAGAGUCCAAGGUCUCCAGUUGCAAGUCCCCUGUCGCCAAUGAUCCAGAAUAACCCAGUACCACGAAGCCGCAGAGAAGUACCACCAGCUGCCAAAUUCCAGUCGCCCAAUGCAGACUCACCGGUCCUCUCUGGUAGCAUGGCCACCACCUCUACCUCCUGCACCUCAGUUCCAACAGCCCGAGGUGUUCCCCAGGGGCAAGUGAAAUCUUCCACAAAAUUGCAAGAACUGCUUUGCACCAAGAGGCUCAGUGUUUUAGAUGAGGAAAUGGACUCAUCCCCAAGUCAAUGGAAGUGUACAUCUUGCUCUUUUAUCAACUCUGCUGCAGUAUUAAAAUGUGAUGCUUGUAGAACUAUGAAAGGCGGAGACAUCAUAGACCUAACUGGUGACACUGUGAGGUUCACCCCCUUUAGUCCCUCCAGCCCAGAUUUUACCAUAUGGACUUGUUCAAAGUGUACUCUGAAAAACCCUACUGCUGUCCAAAAAUGCAGUGCCUGUAAUUGCUCCAAACUCCAUGGCUUUCAAGAGCAUAGUCAUACAGAGCGAGGGCCAAGAUGUCCCGAUUGUAACAUGGAGAAGGGGCUGAAUGGGUGUUCAUGCACCACAUGUGGAUCCAGGUCCUCAGGAACACGGAAACCCAUCAAACUAUUCCCUGUCCAGCCACCUACCUCUCGGGAGAAAUCCAAUGAGUGGUCCUGCCCUGCUUGUACCCUCCUGAAUGACUUGAAGGAUAAGCAUUGUGCAGCCUGCCAUACACCACAGCAGUAUUUCACCCUGAGGAAGGGCUCAAAGCCACUGAAGAGACGGGAAAGCAUACUUGUUGAAGCACGGCGGAAGACUGAUGAGGGAGAGGCCAAAGAGCUAUGGGAGAAUAUUGUGAAGUUUUGCCAGGAGAACAAUGUGAACUUUGUGGAUGACAGCUUUCCCCCAGGCCCACAAUCUGUUGGUUUCCCAGAGGGAGACAGUGUACAGCAGAGGGUGAAGCAAUGGCUGCGGCCUCAUGAAAUCAGCUGCAACAGUUUCAAAGAUCGGAAUAUCAAAUGGUCCAUCUUCCGAACCCCACGUCCAUCUGACAUCUCCCAGGGGCUGCUGGGCAAUUGCUGGUUUUUGAGUGCACUUGCUGUGCUUGCUGAGCGGCCUGAGCUGGUGGAGAGAGUGAUGAUAACCCGGACUAUCUGCCAUGAGGGAGCCUAUCAGGUACGGCUGUGCAAGGAUGGAACCUGGAUAACGGUGCUGGUGGAUGAUAUGUUACCAUGCGAUGAAUAUGGCUAUCUUCUCUUUUCUCAGGCCCAGAGGAAGCAGCUGUGGGUUGCUCUGAUCGAGAAAGCUCUAGCUAAGCUUCAUGGCUCCUACUUUGCCCUGCAGGCUGGGCGGGCCAUUGAAGGACUAGCCACACUGACAGGUGCCCCUUGUGAGAGCCUCAUGCUCCAAGUCAGUUCGACAAAUCCACGUGAGGAACCCAUUGAUACAGAUCUCAUUUGGGUCAAAAUGCUGAGCUCAAAGGAAGCUGGAUUUUUGAUGGGUGCUUCUUGUGGAGGUGGAAACAUGAAAGUGGAUGACACAGUGUAUGAGACCAUGGGCCUUAGGCCCCGCCAUGCAUAUUCCAUCCUUGACGUCAGAGAUGUGCAAGGUUACAGGCUGUUGAGACUACGGAACCCGUGGGGGCGUUUUUCCUGGAGUGGAAACUGGUCAGACGAUUGGCCACAUUGGCCAGAUCACUUGCGACAUGAGCUGAUGGCACAUGGGAGCAGUGAGGGCGUCUUCUGGAUGGAAUACACCGACUUUAUCAAGUAUUUUGAUUCUGUUGAUAUUUGUAAAAUUAACUCUGAUUGGCAUGAAGUCCGACUUAUGGGAACGUUUCCAAAUCGGACCAAUGGGCCAAUAACUGUAACUGCACUGACUGUGCUUGAUCUCACUGAGCUGGAGUUUCAACUGUUUCAAAAAGGAAGCAGACGAUCCGACACAUCAGAUAGCCAUUUGCUGGAUCUGUGUAUCAUGGUGUUUCGAGCCUCAUUCUCCAAUGGUAACAAGCUGACCUUGGGCCGACUGAUGGCACACAGCAAACGAGCAGUGAAGAAAUUUGUUGGGUGCGAUGUGAUAUUGGAGCCGGGAGAGUAUGCAGUUGUGUGCUGCGCAUUUAACCACUGGCAAAUGUCAAUGUCUGGCCUACCGUCGCCAUCACUGUCACUAUCACCAGUAACAGGUGUUUCAAGUCCUACCAGCAGUGGCCGAUGUACUGCAGAGUUCCCUGGAUAUAUAUUGGCUGUGUACAGCUGCAAACCUGUCAUGGUAGAACAGAUCAACACUCAGCCAACAACAUUGGCCGAUGCAGUCAUCCUGUUGACUGAGCACAAAGGAGAGAGGCAUGAGGGUCGUGAGGGGAUGACCUGUUAUUACUUAACCCACGGCUGGGCUGGACUGAUUGUGGUGGUGGAGAAUCGUCACGACAGAUAUUACCUGCACGUGUCAUGUGACUGCUCCGACAGUUUCAAUGUAGUUUCGACUCGCAGUAGCUUGAAAACGACUGACAGCGUGCCACCAUUGCACAGGCAGGUACUGGUGGUGUUAUCACAGCUGGAGGGAAAUGCCGGUUUCUCCAUUACUCACCGUCUGGCUCAUCGCAAAGCCGCUCAGCCCUCACUGGGCGAAUGGUCCUCCACUAAAGGGAUCCACAGCCCACCCCUCACACCUGAUGUUGCUGGUUUGCAUCAUCCACGGCCCCUAUGAUGGUUUCACCUGCUCCUGCACAACAUUGCUCUUGCUAUGGUUGAAAAUGUGUCAAAUGAUGAGAGCCAUUCAGUUCCAGUCUCGCUUAUAUAUUACAUUUUUAUAACGAGUCGAUGCACUGUUCCUGCUACUGCACCAAUCAUCAGGAAAAGCCCCAAUAACAGAGUGACACAAGAAUAGUUUCAGGCUUUGAAUUCCAGAGUCAGAGCCAGUGGAGAGUAAAUGCCUGGUCAGGAUUGAUGACUGGAGGGGUGUAUGCACAGAAGCAAGCCCAAAAAGCUGCAAUAGUUUAAAACAAAUCAUGGUCUCCUGCCCAUGCAACCUACUUGAGACCCAGCUUCUUCCCCGCACUCUGGCCAUUUUCCUUUCACCAGAUUUAGUAAUGCCCCUAUCCUCAGGAGCUCCCACCUCCAGUAUUAUUAAUGGGACACCUCAACUUGUCCUGUGGCUGGACUGUAAGCCAAUACCUAGCUCAACCACUUCACCCCGCUGCCAGCUCAAUUAUUACAACCUGACCACAUCUCCACAGAAAAUAAAAUAUAAAUGCUGCUGAGUUAUUUCCAACAUUUUCUGUUUAUAAUUCUGUCCAAAUAUUGACUACAUUCAGCUUUUCUAUAGUUUCACCACUGCCAUGUUUCCAAACACAGCUAUAUACAAAUCUAGUGUUACAAAUCUGUUAAAUCACUACCCAAGUGACUUUCUAUCUUUACUUCAAAGCAUUUAUCCUGGUGUUGAGGAGUUGGUUGGGGUUGGUGGAUUUUUGAGGCCCGGUCAGGUGGUCCCUGAGCCUAGUUUGGAGAAGGGAAUUAAUGAGCAAGGUCAGGAACAUGUCAGUGACCUCUGUUCUCAGAUGAUUCAACUGAUUCAACUGAUUCAUUGUUUGUUAUCUAAAGGCACAGUUUGUGGUUUGAUGAAGUUUUGAGGUUAUUGUGAACCUGUUAUCCUGAACAAUGUCACAUGCAAUGGCUGGGCCAAAGCACACGAGAAAAAUCAGGUUAAAGGCACCACAUCAAAUUUAACUUCAGUAAUGUAAUAAUGCAUUUAAAUUUGAUGUUGGCAAUGACAAUACUCCUGUGUAUGAAAGGAUAUUUAUUGUGAGCCUUGUAAAUCUGAAACUGUCUUUUCUGUGUAUGUAAUUCUUGCAAAUAUGGAGCGACAUUCUUAAACAAACUUUAUCUGGUAGAUGAAUUUUCCCGUUUUUGUGGUUCCAAAGGAAGAGUAUGUUUGUGUUUCCUUGUAACCAAGACAAAAACUGGUAACAGAAUGGCAGGCAGAAUGAUGGAAUGUGACUCCCAAAUCCUUAGUAAUGGCCAUGAUCUGUGAAAUAAAUGUAGCGUUCCGUGCCAGAGUGAUCCUGAUGGGAAAUAAAGUGAAUUAUGGAAGGAACCCCCACCAACAAAAAACACUGAGCAGAAUUCUGGAAUCUCUCAGAAUAGGCAGAUUGACCUGAUCUCUUGUUCAUUCUCACUGGAAACCUUCUUUUAUUUCUUUAUUAGUAAUUCAUUUAAAGUGGGAUGUUCAUUUCUACUGAUUUAUUUUUGUAAAGGAGCAUUUUUAUAAAAGUUUGCAUUAUGACCAGGUUUCUGUGCUGGACUAUUUGCAGACCCAAGGCCCAGUAAACAUCUCCUCUUCCGACUGUCUGUCUAAAACACUGGAACACCUCAAUAUCCAUCCAGCACUGACUUUCCAAAUAACCUGCCAUCACUGUGUCCCCAACAUCCAGUUUGCAGAACCUGGUCUAUCCUUUCUGUAUCAUUCCCUCACUGUCUCUCUCAGCCACCCCUCCCUUCACCCCUCAUGUGGAGUUAGGUGAUUGAGAAUUUGAGCCAGCACAUGAUGCUCUACCCCUGCUGUGGGGCACAUGUAAACUCUCAUGAGCCUGUGACUUCUGUUUCCUAAAACUGGAAUACUAAAAUGUGUCAUAAGGAGAAUUUUAUUAAUUUUAGAUAUAUAUAUAUAUAUAUAUAUAAAGAAAGUAUAAAAAAUCAAAAUAUAUAUAUAUCAUGUAGUUUGAAAAAUCUCAGGUUCCAAUGGACCAAAUAAAUUUUGUUUUUUAAUGAA